CUGCGCUCUGCAAGUUGGUUUCACUUUUGAGCGUGGUUGCUUCCGAGCAGUACUUUGUCAUUUUGUUGGCUAAAAGAGUCGACUUGUUCCCGCGAUAGUUCCUGAAAUCCUCAACGAAGUAAGUAUAGAUCAUUUGUAAUCAAGAUUCGAGAAGAAAAUUCCGAAAAGCGUUUGUUUACAACGAGAACAAAGCUCGGUUUAAGACCAUUAAGGGUGUUGUUAAAAAUUCUUGCUCGUAGACUCAAACUGCAAAGCUUAACGGCUCUAUGAACGAGUUUAACCCUGCUUCAUUUUAAUCAUUUAUCAAAUGCUAAGUCGAUUUCGUUUUCAAUACAACAAAUUAGGAAUUUGUCCUUCAUUCAUUUUCAGAACUAUGGUUUCUCUUAAUUAGACGGAAUUAAUACGAUUCUUAAUUUGCUGAGUGGUAAAUCUUAUCUCGUAUGAAGAAACUGUGGUUAUUCAUCGUCGUUAAAUACAACAUCAGCUAAAGUAUAAUCGUCUAUAUUGCGCUUUGUUUUCACCUCCGAUGUACGUAGAUCGAGACGUUUUGAUUGGAAGAAAACGACUCGGAGUCUGUUUCGUGCGAGCUCGGCCAUCACGAUCUACAGCGGCAGUGAAAAUAUCGAGAGACAAAGGAUACCACUUAUCGGCCAUAGUUGUUCUUCAAGGCAAUAAAAUUAGCCUCGCUGGUAAGUACAUUGUGUUAUAGAGUAAUUUAGUUGUUUCUGUAGCAGGCCAGGACUUGCUAACUUUGAAACUGAAACUAAACAUACACCUGCCUUUGGACAACAGCAAGAAAUACAGUACUAGUCUUCGAUUUCGAGAUUGAAAAACGAUCGUGAUCUUUCUAUCUAUUUAGUCAUUGCGUGUGUUUUGAUGUUGGGGAAGUUUUGCGACUGUCGAUUGUCUGAGAGAAACAAACAGACAAAAACAACUCCGCAGUCGAUUAGAGAUCCAAUAUUUCGAAUUCACCGUUCAGUCCACAAACAUUUCCCCCUAAUUUUGUAAGGUUACACGCUCUUAGCUUGCUGAGCAUUUUGAUGAAGAAAGUGUAAGGUUUGUUUUAUUGUUGAAAAUUGUGAACUUUAAACUGAAUUGUGUUCGUUCAAAAGUUUUACCUCUGGUGAAAGACUCUCAAUUUAGAACAUUUUCCUUGUUUGCUCCAAGAACUGUCUCAAUGCGGUUCGAAAAAAAAAAUUUAUCAGAACAUUCUAGAAGAAGACACGGGAAUAUGUUUGACCUCUGUCCAAGAGCUUACUCCAAUUACUUAAAAUAUCACACCAGACACGACUACAGUAAGAAAAUCGCCAAAUUUAGCAUUUUCUUGAUGUUGUCUUUUGUCUGCUUUGUAUUCAGUGAGGGAAUGUGGAAUGGUGUGCAAGUUAACCCCCCUUCCCUUCUCUCUACAACCCACUCCUGCCAAUUCGAGAAUUUCGUAAAAUAUUUUUUUAAGGACCGAAGAAGGGAUCAACGCACAAAUGUGACGUUUGCGGUUGUCUACGCCUUCAAAAACCACGCGAUGUCAUCGGAUUAUUAUUAUUUGUUAGGGUCACAAUACGUAACACACUGGUUUUACUUUCGUGUUCCUGUUUACGAGUUGAAGGCUGGUUGAGCAUGGGCAAUUUUUGUUUGUUGUCUUGCGUGGUUCAAAUUUUGACAAACCCACUGUUGUACUUAUUGCAUAGAUUCUUUGAAAAAGAUAUCUUGAGUCUGUUAAAAAAGGCUUCUUAAAAUCGAAUGUGUUAUCCUUGUUGCUCUUAUAAAAAGGACUUUGAUCAAAACAUUCUUGAACAUAAUUUAAGUUCAAUUGUUGUAGUAAUCAUAUCAGGCACGGGUGUCUGAAGAUUCCUUCUUCAUCUGCCUUUCUUUUUGAGUUAGGAUGACAGAAUGGUGUGUAUGUAAAUGGCCCCCUUUCCCCUCCACCCCACUUUCGCUGAUAGGGGAGUUUUCUAGCGAGAAAUACAGUAGUAGUCUUCGAUUUUGAGAUUGAUCAAGGAUCACGAACUUUCUUGUCUGUUUAGUCAUUGCGCAUGUCUUGAUGUUGGGGAGGUUUUGCGAAUGUAUGUUGUCUAAGAGAACACCAUAGAAACAACUCCGCAGUCGAUUGGAGAUCUUUUCGAAUUCACCGUCGUCCAUUAAAAUAAACAAGGAUACAUUCAGAAAACUGAUAUUGAUACGACACACGCUGAAGGAGAAGGAGCUUAAUAAAACAGUUUCAGCAAAAAAAAGGUGAAAUUGCGCAACAAUUUCUACAAUCGUCACCCCAGAUUAGUGAAAAUGUCAAAAGUGACGUUAUUUGAUGCUCUUAAUGAUUUGACCAUCUGAUGUGCUGCGUGUGUCAAAUGAACGAAAGAACUGCUUUGUUUUGUUAGACAAUAAUGCUGAAAAAAGCAAAAAGCAGAUUAACCCCAAUAUCAUUUCGUUAAAGCAGCAGAAUUUUUGGUGUGAGAAUUAUCCAUUUUUUAUGGACAACGGUACAAUAUGGAAUAAAGUAUAAUCGUUUAUUGCGCUUUGUUUUUACCUUCAAUGUGCAGAUCGGGGCGUUUUGAUUACAAUCCUUCUUCGUGCGAGGCCGGCCAUCACGAUCCACAGCGGCAGUGAAAAGAUCGAAAGACAAACGAUAGUAUUUAUCAGCCUUAGUUGUUCUUCAAAGCGCUGAAAUUAGGGUCGCUGGUAAGUACAUUUUGUUAUAGAGUAAUUUAGUUGUUUCUGUAGCCGGCCAUGACUUGCUAAUUUUGAAACUAAACUAAACAUAUACUAGUCUUCAAUCUUAAGAUUGAUAAAGGAUCAGGAACUUUCUUGUCGAUUUAGUCAUUGCGUAUGUUUUGAUGUUGGGGAAGUUUUGCGAAUGUAUGUUGUCUACGAGGACACCGUAGAAACAAACUGACAAAAACAACUCCACAGUCGAUUGAGAUGUUUUUCGAAUUCACCGUUGUUUAUAAAAAAAUUUUUCCCUAAUUUAGUAACCUUAUACGCUCUUUGCUAACUUUGCAUUUGAAUGAUGAAAUUGUAAGUUAUGUUUUAUUGCUGAAGAUUGUGAACUUUAAACUGAAUUGUUCGUUCGAAAGUGUUUCCAUCCGUGAAAAACUCUUAAUUUAGACCUUUCUCCUAGUUUUCUCCAAGAAUUGUUUCAAUGUGGUUUAAAAACAAAAUUUGAACAGAACAUUCUAGAAGAAGACAUGCGAAUAUGGUUGACCUCUGUUCAAGAGCUUACUCCAGUUACUUGAAAUAUCACACCAGACACGACUGCAGUUAGAGAAUCGCUAAAUUGCGUAUUUUCUUGGUGUUGUCUUUUGUCUGCUUUGUAUUCAGAGAGGGAAUGUGGAAUGGUGUGCAAGUAAACCCCCCUUCCCUUCACCCCAGAACCCACUCCUGCCGAUUCGAGAAUUUCUUUAAAUAUUUUCUUAAAGGCUGGGGGGGGAGCUGAUGUGCUUGGCUUUCCCACUUUGUAAUGUUUUUACCUACAUCGAACUAAACAGUUCUGCUUACACUUGACGGAUCAGCGCAUAAAUGUGACGUUUGCGGUUAUCUACGCCACCAAAAAACACGCAAUGUCAUCGGAUUACUAUUUUGUUAGGGUCAUAAUGCCUAACACACUGGUUUUACUUUGGUGUUUUUUUUUUACGAGUUGAAGGCUGGUUGCACAUGAGCCAUUUUUGUUUCUUUUCUUGUGUGGUUGAAAUCUUGACUCCUUCACCGAAAUCAAAACCGAUUGUUUUAUUUAUUGCAUAGAUUCUUUAAAAAAGAUUUUUACAGUCUGUCUGUGAAAAAGGUUUUUUUAAAAUCUAAUGCUUUAACCUUGUUACUGCUCUAAAGAAGGGACUCUGAUCAAAACAUUCUUUACCAUAUUUUAAAUUCGAUUGUUGUUAUAUCACGCCAGGCACACGUGCUAGAAGCUUGCUUCUUCAUCUGUUGUCUUUUUGAGUUAAGGAUGUAAGAAAGGUGUGUAUAUUAAUUCCCCCCUCCCCCCCCCCCCCCCACUCUCGCUGAUGGGGGAGUUUUCUAAAAAACUACGUACAGGACCGGGGGGGGGGGGGAAUUAUAUCCCAUACCCUAAAGUAAGCAACUCCUUCGUUCUACUUGUUUUAAUCACUCAGUCCUUGGUUAUUCUGAAAGAGGACUUUGAUCCAAACAUUCUAUAACAGGACGGUGAAACAUCGUUGACCUCUGUUCAAGAAUUCACAUUUUCUUGCUUAAAAAAUGUCACGACAGAGACUCGUAAGGUCAGAAAAUCACCAAAAUUUGGUAUUUCCAUGAUGCUGUUCUAUUAUCUACUUACCAUUUAUGUGAGCAAUGUGAAAUAGUGUCUAAUGCGAGGAAUUUUUCACCAACUUUUGUACAGAAGAGUAAGUUUGAAAAAUUUUUAAGAUCAACGGGUCAAGGCACAUUGUUGCGUUAAUUUGCCGGGGGCCAAAAAUGGACCAAUGAUGAAACCAACGCGAAAACAAUUGAUAUAAUACUAGCAGGGUGCAGCUAUUUAGGGAUGUGAAUAAUGUGCAUUACGACAAAGCCAGAUUAGCUUUCGCUUUUGAGUUCCUCGAGUGUUUUGUUGACUACAGAAAGCAGCCUAUGUUCUUUAUGUUCUUUAUCGCAAAUGAAGUAUGCGUACCUCACUGAAAGGUUUCUAAAACUUCAACGACGCUACGUGUACUUCAACCAUUUACAUGAAAGUUAUGUGUAGCAGUUAAAACUCGUUUUAAACGGAAAAUAAACAAGCAUACAUCCUAGAAUACUUAUAUUGAUACGACACAAGCUGGCGGAGAAGGAGCUUAAUAAAACAGGUUUAGCAGAAAUGUGAAAUAGCACAGCGAUCUCUACUAUCGUCACUUUAGAUUAGUGAAAUUGUUAAAAAGUGACGUUAUUUGAUACAUUUCACGAUUUCAUCAUCUGAUAUGCUGAGUGUGUCAAAUGUACGAGGGAACUCCUUUGUUCUGUUAGAAAAUAAUGCUGAAAAAGCAAAAAGCAAGAAGCAAAAAGCAGAUUACCCCCGCUACCAUUUCGUUAAAACAGCAAAACAUUUUGUGUGAGAAUUAUUCAUUUUUGUUAUGGACAACGGUACAAUAUGUGAUAAAGUGUAAUCGUUUAUUGCGCGUUGUUUUAACCUUCAAUGUACAGAUCAGAACAUUUUGAUUGCAAGCCUUCGUCGUCCACAAGGCACGGAAAUUAACCUCACUGGUAAGGACAUUGUAUUAUAGUGUAAUUUAAUUGUUUCUGUAGCGGGCCAGGACUUGUUAAUCAUGGAACUGAAACGAAACAUCGACCUUCCUUAGGACAACAGCAGGAAAUACAGCACUAGUCUUCGAUCUCGAGAUUGAUAAAGGAUCAUGAACUUUCUCAGUGUCGAUUUAGUCAUUGUGUAUGUUUUGAUGUUGGGGAAGUUUUGCGAAUGUAUGUGCGAGGACACCGUGGAAAUAAACUGACAAAAACAACUCCGCAGUCGAUCAGAGAUCUUUUCGAAUUCAGCGUUGUCCACAAACACUUUCCCCUAAUUUUGUAACCUUAUAUGCUCCUAUCUGGCGGCGUAUUUUGAUAAAUAAAUUAUAAGUUGUGUUAUUGCUGAAGAUUGUGAACUUUAUACUGAAUUGUUCGUUCGAAAGUUUUUCCUUCGGUGAAAGACUCUCAAUUUAAAACUUUCUUCUUGUUUGCUCCAAGAAUUGUUUCAAUGCGUUCAAAAAUAAAAUUUGAGCGGAACAUUCUAGAGGAAGACAUGCGAAUAUCUUUGACCUCCGUUCAAGAGCUUACUCCAGUUAUUUGAAAUUUCACACCAGACACGACUACACCUAGAAAAUCGCCAAAUUGAGUAUUUUCUUGAUGUUGUCUUUUGUCUGCCUUGAAUUCAAAGAGGGGAUGUGGAAUUGUGUGCAAGUAAACCCCCCUUCCCUUCUCCUCAGAACGCACUCCUGCCGAUUCGAUAAUUUCUUAAAAUGUUGCUUUAAGGACCGAGGGCGAGCAGAUGUGCUUUGCUUUUUAUAAUUUUUUACCUACAUCGGACGAAACAGCUCAGUUUACACUUAACGGUUCAACGCACAAAUUUGACCCUUGCGGUUAUCGACGCCAAUCAAAAAGACUCAAUGUCAUUGGCUUAUUAUUUGUUAGGGUCACAAUACGUAACACACUGGUUUCACUUUCGUGUUCUUGUUUACGAGUUGAAGGCUGGUUGCGCAUGAUCAAUUAUUUGUUUUUUGUCUUGUCUGGUUGAAAUUUUGAGGCUUACACGGAAAUCAAAACCAACUGUUGUACUUACUGCAUAGAUUCUUUUGAGAAGAUUUUAACAGUCUGUUAAAAAAGCUUUUUAAAAUAUAUUUUAUCCUUGUUUCUGCUCUGAAAAGGACUUUGAUCAAAACAUUCUUGAAUAUAAUUUAAACUUGAUUGUUGUAGUAAUCACGUAAGGCACGCGUGCCUGAAGGUUGCCUUUUUAUCCGCCUUUUUCUUUAGUCUAUGCUGUUACAAUGGUGGUUAUAUUAAUGCCCCCCUCUCCCCCCCCUCCCACCCACUUUCGCUGCUAAACAAGUUUUCUAGAAAAAUACCAAUAGGACCGGGGAAGGGGUCAUAUCUCAUACCCUAAGGUGAGCAACUCCUUUGUUGUCCUCAUUUAUGGAUUCGUAAAUUGCCCCCUGAAAAAGACUGAUCAAAACAUUCUAUAAUAAGAGAAAGAAAUAUUGUUGACCUCUGUUCAAGAUUUCACAUUUUCUUGCUAGAAAAAUGUCACGUCAGAUAUGCGUACAGUCAGCGAUUCACCAAAAUUUAGUAUUUCCUUAAUGCUGUUCUAUUAUCUACUUACCAUUUAUGAGAGCAAUGUGAAAUUGUGUCUAAUGCCAGGAAUUUUUCCACCGACUUUUAUGAGGGGAAUUUAAAUUUGAAAAACAAUUAAGAUUACUGGGUCGAGGCACAUUAUUGUGUUAUUUUUCUGCGGGCAAAGCGAAUUCAGUAGUUGUUAGUAAAACAAUUGAUAGGAUACUUGCAGGGUGCAGCUAUUCAGAGCGGUGAAUAAGGUGCAUUGCGACAAAGCCGGAUUAACUUGCGUUUUCAAGUUCGUUGAGUGUUUUAUUGACUAUAGAACUUGGCUUACAUUCGUUACCGCAAAUAAAGUAUGCAUACUUCUCUAAAUGUUUUCAUAACUUUGACAACAGUAAAUAUACCUAAAUUCACCUUCAUCAAAAGGGUUAGUAGCAGAUACAGCUCCUCUUAAGUGAAAAAUUAAUAAGCGAACUUUCGGCGCAAAAUUCUUAUGUUGAUGCCAUAUUCGAUGUUAAGAGAUGAGACAAUUAUUUAGAGGAGAAUGAGCUUGAUGAGAUUGUAACAAGAUGAAAUUUCAUGCCAAUCACUGUGAUUUAUUCAUCGUCCUUGGCACAAGUUACUCUAAAUCAAUGAAAAUGUUAUUGAUGUUAUUUUCACACGCUUUAUGAUUCUAUCUAAUAGUCAGAGUAUAUCAGCUGGACGAAUGAAUUGCUAUGUUUAGCAGGACAGCAAAUUUAAAAUAAGGAAACGCGGAUUAUUCCCGCUUCAAUUUUAUCAAAGCUCCAGACAUUUUGGUGGGAGAACUAUCCCUUGUUUUCAGAGUUCUUUGAGAAAUACCAGUUGCAGAAAGACUGCAACAGCUGAGCAAACAAGACUUCAAAGCAUAUGAGAUGCUGUGUCCGUGAGAUCACAGAGGAAUAAACAGCAACACAAAGUAAAUUCCUUGAAUCACUUACUCUUUUCGUUAUGUGUCUUCUUUAGUGGACUUAUUCCAAAUGUCAACACUUCAUAGUAGGUCGCUUAUUAUUUCCCAUGGAUAUCUUGGCUUAAUCUGGGGAAAGAUUUUCUACUAUGACUAUAUUCAUCGAAGUCUACCCUUCAUUUUGACUUUUCUUCAACGAUCAAAUCUUUCAGGUGAGAGCAACCAAACGUACCCAAGAGAAACUUAACUAUCUUGUCUCAAUUGACGCAACGCAGUAACCUACCCAAGUAAAAGUAAUUACUUCAGCGAAUCAAGAGAAAUGGCCUGCUGGUCCGAAAUCAUAUUCAUCUGAUAAACGCUUUAGAAGUAUUGUCCUUUGUAUUUGAAAUUUCUCGAAGUUUUUUUGCUGGUCAAUUUAAUCUUCUGGAUUACCCCCCUCUCAAGUGAGCCACGAAUUUUGUACAUUUUGGAAGGGCGAAAGAAGUUUGAAAAUAAUCUUGACUAAUGGGUCACAGCACAUCAACAAACUACACUCAAUACUUGUCAACUUCUAUGUAGCCCUGCGUCUUUUCAGUAAGAAAUCACAGAUGAAAUCAAAAUGUGGUGAGAACAAAAAAGUGGCACACGAAGCGCAGCCGAGUGUGUCACUGAUGUUCUUACCACACGUUUUCUGUGAUCUAUUACUGUAAAGAACCAAGGCAACAUGGAUUAUAUUUGUUUUAUAUAAUAAGUGUAUUUGUCCUCCAAUAGAUAAUAGGUAAAAACCAAACACGAUGCCUGCCCUUUUUCCCUAUGAUAUUUAAAAAAAAAUCCUUUGGAUACUUUUACCGCUGGUGCAGCUUUAAAAGCGCGUGAUGCUAAAUUCUUGAUCAGCAGGGAUUUGCUAAAGCAAAGGCAUAGAAAAAACCAGGAAAGAUUUAUUACUCGACGUUUCGGGGUCAUCGUGACUCCAUUAUCAAGAGACUAGUUUAAAAACAUGCAAAUAAGGAAAGGUACAAGAAUAGCAUAAAUUAGAAUGAACGGCUUAAACAAACACCUUGGCGCGGAUGGAAUCCGUUUGCACGUUCAGUGUUGGCUUACGCAUGCGAAUAUAUAACAUUUCAUUAACAAGGCAAUCAAAUUUGCCGUUACAUUUCGCGAUGACGUUGAAUUGCUCGAUCAAGCGUUCAGGCAUUUCACUAUUGUGCUGGAGGUGGUAGUGUUUGUAGAUAGAAGAUGAUUUCCUUGUGUGCCCUUCUACGCGCUCGUGUAAGUGACCACGAGUAUAGCCCACAUACCCUGCAUCACACAGGUUACAUUUAAAUUCAUAAACGAUACAUUGUUGGUUAACAAUAGGGGGCUUAAUUUCGUGUUGCUUAAGCUGUUGAUCGAGCUUAGGGCUAACGAACACUGGUUGGACAGUCACGCUUAACUUCGAGCUUAGACUGUUCAGUUGUUGUUUAACAUGAUUAGCUGACGACUGGUCCUGGUCUAAAUUGUUCAUCCUUUGAUUGCAGACAGUUCAAGUAUUCCCAAGGUUUCUCAAAGUUCUUGAACGGUAUGUAUUAUCUAACUCACUGAUUCCAAAGUGAGUUCCAAGUAACCUUUUAAACGGAAGUCAGUUGAGUGACAUGAGACUUUUCACGUGAAGGUUAAGAUUGAAACAGGAGACGUGAAACAGGAGACGUGAUAAUUAGAGUGAUAGGUUUGAGGAGAGAUUGUUCGAAGUUUGUGACGUGGUGAACGUUGAUGAUAAACAAUAAAACAAGGAUUGGACGAUUGAGUGUAGAGUGUACCCCACAGGCUCGGUACACAUUUUCUCUGCAUCUAUUUAUGUUUCCGAUCUUUAGCAUCAGAGUAAUCAUUUAUUUCCUUUCGCCGAGAAACCACGGGUUACGAUUAAAGUUAACUGUCACGUGUGGUGUGCAUCAUCAUCAUCAUCAUCGCUCGUUAGGCCACAUUCCAGCUCCUCCACCUCACUUUGCCUCUUCCUCUUUCGACAGUCCUUCUCCUAGUGGUCAUUGGUCUCCCUCUUACCCUUGGACCUGGUUUCCACUCUAAUGCCGUAAAACGGUCGUCUACACCCUCUCUCCCGAGUACGUGUCCUAACCAGUUCCACCUUCCUCUUCGCGCCUCGCAACUAAUUUCGUUGAUCUCUGCCAUUUCAACUACUCUCUUAUUUGUCAUUCUGUGCUGCCAUCUAAUCGUCAGUUUCCGUCUUAGGCAUUGACAUUGGAAACUGUUCAGUUUUCUUUCACCGGUCUUGGUGAUCUUCCAUGUUUCCCAACCACAUAGCAGAACCGGUCGGACUAAGUCUUGAACAGGCGUAUCUUGGUUCUCCUUCUUAUUCCUCUGGCUGCCCACACCUUCCAUAGUCUCUGGAAUGCACCUCGUGCUUUCUGCGGUCUGUUCCUAAUAUAACCACUGCCUCUACCUUCUUUGUCCACAAUGGUUGCUUCUUCCGUCAAUCUCCGUGUCUUCACACCCAAGUCUUGUAGUCUGCGGUUGUCUUCCUCAUGAUCCAAUCCAUGGCCAGUAAGAAUAAGAAUCCUGACAUAACACAUCCCUGCUUUACUACUGACUAAAUCUUGAACCAGUCUGAUAUCUCACAUCCGUCGAUUACGGCGCAAUUAAACCCUCCAGAUAUGCCUACUAUGACGCUCACCAUCUUUCGCGGAGUUCCAUAGCUCCCCAUGAUGUUCCACAAGCUUUCUCUGUGAACCGAAUCGAAGGAUUUUUUCAAAGUCCACUAAGUGCGUGUACAGACUCGUUUACCUGCUCUGAGAUGUUAUUUUUUUAAUUAUAAGGAUCUGUUCAGUUGCACUGUCAUUUGGUCUAAAGCCAGCCUGCUCUUUUUGAAGCGUCUUGUCUACACCUCUCUUGAUCCGCCCUAGCAGCAUCCUCUGGAAUAUUUUACUGAUGAUGGGUAGCAAAGUCACUCCUCUCCAGUUGUUGCAAUCACGAAAAUCACCUUCCUUCAUUUCCAUCUAUUUCCUCAAUCUACUCCAGUUCUCCUGUUUCUUCAUUCUCUCCCGGAUUUGUUGGGUCAUGUCUGUUUAAAAUUUCACUCAAAUGCUCAACCAUCUCUGCAAUCUUUCUUUUGAUUCUGUCUUAAUCAUCCCUUGUUUGUCUUUCAAACAUAUUUUUCGCCUCCUCCGCUCUUGGUUAUGCUGUAUAGCUCAAUUAAGGCGCAUUAAAAUCCUUCGUAUAUACUUACUAUCACGCUCAUUAUCUUGUGCGGAAUUCCAUAGCUCCCCAUGAUGUUCCACAUGCUUUCUCUGUGAACCGAGUAAGGAUGUCUUAAGCACCCCCUGUUUGUCUUUUACACCUACUUUUCGCCUCCUCCGUUCCCCGGUUAUUGUCCUGGCUAUGCUGUAUAGCUCCUUGUUUCUACCAUCCUCAGCAGCCUUUUCCCCUCUCCUCCAACCAAUUCCUCUUAUCUUCCCCAGCACUAUGUUUUACUUCCUUUUCUUUCGUACUAUACUCCUCUCUCCAUCGCUGUUUUAGUCGUUCCGUUCACGCACCCUCUAUUUUAAGUUUUGCCUCUUUCCCUUCCUGAAUUUUUCCCGCCGGCUUUGGCCCAAGGGCGUCAUUACGGCCCCAGCAGCAACACCCCUGGUUUGAGUUGUAUUGUCAAUGCAUCCGGCUUCUGUAACAUGUGUUUCUUUCUACGGGGCAGGGUCGUUAACCUUGCGUCCAUCCUCCAACUUGAGGUCCAGGGGAUCACUCUUAGUCUGGUUUUUACCUUUCGACAUGUUCGGCAUGGGUGACUCUACCAGGAGUGUAGGACUGCAGCCAAUCGUAUUGGCUGCAGUCCUAAUUUCGAUAGAUAGAUAGAUAGAUAGAUAGAUAGAUAGGAUAGAAAUAAUCCUAUUGGGUACUAACAUAACUAUGGUUUUAAUAGGAUGUAACUGAUAAUGGCCACUGUGUUGAAGUACACCACAGAGCAACUGAAUUACUACAGGAUUUGUUACGUUGUCACUGACAUACUAACUGAGGGUCUGCGAACCAUCUUCAAACAAGAAUGGGACAAUCGAUACAAGACAACACUGGGAGAAUGGAAAGAUCAACCCAAAAAUGGAAUGGACUUCUGGAAUGGCGAGUCUACUCGAAACAGAAAAAGAAACGCUGGGCUGUUGACAACCAUGAAGAAUGGCGAUAGAGCUGAAUGGGAUUGUACCAUGCUGUUUUACGCUAUCCUGUAUUCAGAUUGCAUAUAUUCUCUCAAUCCAUCAAUUAGAUCAAAUGUGGACGACUUCAGGAAAUUUCGAAAUGAAGAAUUUGCACAUAUGCCUCGGGGCCACCUCUCCAACGGAGAUUUCCAAACUGUCAUUACAAAGGUUAAAACUGCAUUCCACGCACUCGGUCUCCCGUCAUUGAAAAUCAACGAAGUUCAAAAUCAGACAAACUUCUUAACGGAGGAGUUAAACGAAGUUUUAAGGAAGGUUGUCGACUUGAAACAAGAAGUUAAGGACAAAGAAGAGGAACUUCAAGUGAAAGAAGAACAGAGGCUUGCCCUAGAAGAGCAAUUAAAUUCCGAUGUCUCUCCAUUUUGUAUUCUCCCUCCCAAACCUAGCCACGACAUCGCUCGUCGGGAAUCUGAAGUUGAUGAAGUUUUACAAAACCUCCAAACCCUAAAAGACGCCAAUGAUGGGUUGAGCAUACUGUAUUUGUCAGGAAAUCCAGGAAGUGGAAAAUCUCAGCUGGCCCGUUUAGCAGCCAGGCGAUUUUACGACGAGGUCGAACAAAUACCUUCCGCAGCUUCAUUUGUCAUGACGUUGAAUGCUGAAAACUCAGAAGCACUUUUGAAAUCGUAUGUCCUUUUAGCUCAACAUUGCAAAUGUCCCGGGUAUGAAAUAACAAACACUUACCGCUCCCAGGAUUUGAACACAGACGAGAAGAUUUCAUAUUUCAAGACCUUAAUAAGUACAAAAAUUGAGCAUUACGCUUCAUGGCUGUUAGUAGUUGAUAAUGUGACCAGCGAAUCUCGUACAAUCGAUUAUUUGCCAGAUGCAGACAGCGAGUUGUGGGCAAGGGGUCAGAUGCUAAUAACAACACAAGACACUGCAUCUAUACCGUUGUCAAGCUCUUCCAUACAAAAUAUCUCAAUCAGCGCAGGAAUGCAUCCUGAUGAUGCAUGCUUCCUGCUUAACCUCCUUUCUGGUAUCUCAGAUGCCAAGAUGGAAAAAGAAAUUGCAAAAGAACUAGACUACCAGCCACUUUCAUUGGCAGCCGCAGCAACGUAUGUGAGACAAGUUCGUCAGAAUAAAGGAACCUCGAAAUUUGGCUGGACCGACUAUUUGAAGAAAUUGGAAGAGGGGAAACGAAGCAAUACUGAAAGCAUUCUUGCUACGACAAAUCCAGCCUAUCCGAAGACCAUGACCAAAGCAAUAACACUUGCUGUCGAAAUGGUGAUGGAAAAUGAUAUAAUUUUGCAUCACAUGUUCCUUUUUCUUUCAAUGUGUGCAUCACAGCCGAUACUGCAAGACAUUAUUAUCGAGUAUGUUAAAACAACUGAUGACGAAUUUGAAGAUGAAGAUAUGAUAAGAACGAGGAUGAGUCGAUGUUCACUGUUGCUAAUUGAAGAAGAAUCAACUGGUGUUUAUAUUCGAGUCCAUGGUGUCGUUCUUGAUGUUAUUAAAUCUGCGACAAAAGGUUUCGCAAAGGAUCAAAGCCACAAAGUGGUGUAUGGCGCAGUUAUGUCUUUCUCAAAAUUUGAAGAGCUAGAAUCUAUUGUUGUGGGAACAAGAAUAGUUCCCCAUCUUAAAACGUUGAGCUUAAAAAUUGAAGACAUGUCACUCGGGAAAGGAAUACCAGAAGCGACCGAAAGAGCCUCGUGUAAUUUUCCGGAUGGCCUUCGGAGCCUUAAUGACAUGUGCCAAAACCACAGUGAGUUUAGAGCGGCACUAGUCUAUGGUGAAUGGAUGUUAAAAAUUCAAACGAAAAAGCUGGGACCUGACCAUGUUGAUGUUGCAAGCUCUUACAACAAUCUGGGUACUUUACAUAAGGCUCUUGGCGACACAGAUGAAGCAAAAGACUUCUAUAAGCGUGCACUGGAGAUUCAGAUGAAACAGGUGGGACCUGAGCAUGUUGAUGUUGCAAGCUCUUACAACAAUCUGGGUAUUUUACACAGUGAUCUGGGCGACACAGAUGAAGCAAAAGACUGCUAUAAGCGUGCACUGGAGAUUCAGAUGAAAGAGCUGGGACCCGAGCAUGUUGAUGUUGCCAUCUCUUACAACAAUCUGGGUAGUUUACACAAGGCUCUGGGCGACACAGAUGAAGCAAAAGACUGCUAUAAGCGUGCACUGGAGAUUCAGAUGAAAGAGCUGGGAACUGAGCAUGUUGAUGUUGCAAGGUCUUACAACAAUCUGGGUACUUUACACAGUGCUCUGGGCGACACAGAUGAAGCAAAAGACUGCUAUAAGCGUGCACUGGAGAUUCUUCUGAAAAAGCUGGGAGCUGAGCAUGUUGAUGUUGCAAGGUGUUACAACAAUCUGGGUACUUUACACAGUGCUCUGGGCGACACAGAUGAAGCAAAAGACUGCUAUAAGCGUGCACUGGAGAUUCGUCUGAAAAAGCUGGGAGCUGAGCAUGUUGAUGUUGCAAGGUGUUACAACAAUCUGGGAACUUUACACAGUGCUCUGGGCGACACAGAUGAAGCAAAAGACUGCUAUAAGCGUGCACUGGAGAUUCGUCUGAAAAAGCUGGGAGCUGAGCAUGUUCAUGUUGCAAGCUGUUACAACAAUCUGGGUACUUUACACAAGGCUCUGGGCGACACAGAUGAAGCAAAAGACUGCUAUAAGCGUGCACUGGAGAUUCGUCUGAAAAAGCUGGGAGCUGAGCAUGUUCAUGUUGCAGGAUGUUACAACAAUCUGGGUAAUUUACACAAGGCUCUGGGCAACACAGAUGAAGCAAAAGACUGCUAUAAGCGUGCACUGGAGAUUGGUCUGAAAAAGCUGGGAGCUGAGCAUGUUGAUGUUGCAAGGUGUUACAACAAUCUGGGUAGUUUACACAGUGAUCUGGGCGACACAGAUGAAGCAAAAGACUGCUAUAAGCGUGCACUGGAGAUUCGUCUGAAACAGCUGGGACCUGAGCAUGUUGAUGUUGCAAGCUCUUACAACAAUCUGGGUAAUUUACACAAGGCUCUGAACGACACAGAUGAAGCAAAAAACUGCUAUAAGCGUGCACUGGAGAUUCGUCUGAAAAAGCUGGGAGCUGAGCAUGUUGAUGUUGCAGCAUGUUACAACAAUCUGGGUACUUUACACAAGGCUCUGGGCGACACAGAUGAAGCAAAAGACUGCUAUAAGCGUGCACUGGAGAUUCGUCUGAAAAAGCUGGGAGCUGAGCAUGUUGAUGUUGCAAGGUGUUACAACAAUCUGGGUACUUUACACAGUGAUCUGGGCGACACAGAUGAAGCAAAAGACUGCUAUAAGCGUGCACUGGAGACUCUUCUGAAAAAGCUGGGAGCUGAGCAUGUUAAUGUUGCAACCUCUUACAAAAAUCUGGGUGAUUUACACAGUGCUCUGGGCGACACAGAUGAAGCAAAAGACUGCUAUGAGCGUGCACUGGUAAUUUAUAUCUCCAAGUAUGGUAAAGAACAUGUAAGGACACUAGAGGUCAGCAGGAACUUAUCCCGGCUAAAAUAGAAAAGAAAGAGUGUUGAUGACCUUGGAGCUGUUUUGAAAAAGAAGAAAAGAGACUCGUGUUAAUAGUUUAGUAACUGUGCUGAUUGAUAGACGUUGUUGGUCUUUAAUUUAGGUUUACUCGUUGUGUUUUCUUUGCACGUGAGAACUUAGACCGUUAUAAUUUUUUUAUAAUAUCUUGCAUAAUUUGUGCUUUUAAUAUUCCGAUCUGGAAACUCGCACAAUUGAUAUGGUUUUUUUUUUUAUUUCUGAACAAGUAGUUCAUUACUUUCUCAUUUCUGAGGUUGCUACAAAAGGUUGCAGUUCUACGGAUAAUCAACAGUCGGAAUAUGCACCCAAUUAAAGAAAUUUUUAAGUUGCUAAUCAGUGCUGCUUUUUCAGAAUCGUGCUCUUUUCAAUUGAUGAUUUUUAUUCAUACUCAUAAUUAAGAGAGAAUAUCCAUAAAAGCGGUCCGGCCGAUCUAGCUUAAAAAAUAGAUUUCGCUGAUUUCUUGUACAUUGAAAGACUUUCAUGUCCUUAUUCUAGAACCACAAUCCGCUUCAUCUGAUCUUUAAAAUUUAUCGAGUUAUGAGAGAUUUUCUGAUCACCUAGCGAACACUCGUGACGACGCAUAUCGAGGCUCAAAUUAAAGGUAACAUUGGAGGUCGAUUUUACGAAAACUGUCAAGCCCUUUAUAAAACAAACACUAAAACGAGCGAUUUAACAAAAACAAUGUUUUACUAGCUGAAAAAAGAGUAGAAAUAGAUAUUAUUAGAUAUUAGAACAAAAUCCAUGAUAUCUCGCUGUUCACAAAAAACGUAUUAAAGUUUUUCACUUAACGCUUCAGUACUUUAUAAUUGAAAAAUCGAAAACUGCUGUUCACCUCCCGUCCCCGCUCCU